AUGGCGCUGCAAAAAAGAUGGGUCUUCGACACAACGAAGCUGAGCGUGACUGCCAGAGCCACGCAGGCCCGUGAGGAUUACGAGUUUGGCAAAGUGACGUCGCGUGAUCUCCAACAAAGCGAGCUUCACGCGGUCCAAGAGGAGGAGAGAGUUCAAGAGGAAGAGGAGUCCCACAUCGCCCUGGUGCUGCUUUCGAAGGUGCUCGUCGGAAAUGUCAUGGCGUUGUGGUUGCAGGGAUCGUUCGUUGCACUCACAUACCAGGACAGCUUUAAUGACAUGAGCCUGGCGACAGUCAAGCUCCUCAUCAGCAUGGUCAUCUCUGCCGCACAAGCAGCUUUGCGGUGUUGGCGGGCUUCCUGUCGCCUUGGUGUUGGGGGCGCCUGGAUGUCGGUGAUGGUGAUGUCGUUUGUUUUCUGGUCCUUUCUCAAGGUCUACUACGCAAAAGUUUGCCCGUAUCAUUUGUGGAAUCUGACCACUGGCUGCGUUGGUGGUAGUGACGAAUGA